AUGCUUACAAGGAUUUUUGGGCCGAGAAAGACAAGUUUGAUUACGCCAAAGAUAGUUCAUACUUUGAUCCAACUAAUAAAAAAACAAUUGGCAAGUCCAAAGAUGAGGCUGCUGGUAUUCCAAUCACUGAGUUUUAUUGGGCUCAAAAGUAAAAUGCAUUCAUAUGUAAAAGAUACUGGUAAAAAUGAAAAGACUGCUAAAGGUAUAAGAAAGUAUUUGAUCAAAAAGAAUAUCGCCCACAAAGACUACAAAGAUACUCUCCAAAAUAAUAAGCAAAUCUAUCAUACUAUGAAAACAGUCAGGAGUGUUUGCCAUCAAUUGGGCAGCUACGAACUCAGAAAGAUAUCCUCGCUUAUGGUAAAACUGGUUAUGCAUAUGGCCACUACAAAAUAA